GGUGGAGGGGGGAGAAACGGGUUUUGUUUUGUGUACAUUGCGCUUGUGCGGGAGCAGGCGAAACAUCGUGGUGCGAACGGCAAACGAAGGAAGGAGCCAAUGCUUGACAACUCGCCCCCAAGGCUAUGGUGGGACGGCGGACCGGUUCCGGCGAGGAAAACUUGGUCAGCAGUACCAGCAAGUGUGAUUGCCCAACACCAGCAGUAGAAGUGAGCGCCGCUUUUCUGUCCCGGGGGUGGUGACGGGCGCGAGCACAUGCGUGUGUGGUGUUGCAGAAGCCAAUUUGCUAAUCUGUGCUGCGUGUGUCCACCUUUCUAGAACUGUGACUGCGCCACUGCGGGGCCCGGAAUGCGUGUGCCGGACGGGGUUUUUGGUGGGGUGGUAUCGUCGACGUGUUGCGAGAGAACUGCGUGAACACACAGCGUAUCGUCCGAUGUGCUGCGCAAACUAGGUGAUGAAUGACGAAGGCGGCGUGCGUAUAUGAGCGCUAGCGUGCAGUUUCUGUUCCCUGCCAAAAGUGGCCAACUGUAAACGUAGGCAAAAAAGUGCUAAUCGGUGGACGAUUUUGGGUGCAAAAGUGUGUGAAAUUAAGUGCAAUUUUAGCGGGAGUGAGAAGAGUGUUGAUAUCCAACAGCAACGGUCGCACGGAAUGCACGGAAAGGUCGGAUAAGGUCACGAUUCCGUGUUGAUAAGGUGUGCAGAGAAUAUAGAGUGGCAAAGUUACCAAAAGACACUGCAACUUUCAAGACAACGCGUGCAAGCAAAACGGGAACAAAGCAAUGGCACCGAAUCCCAGCAGUGGUAGCGGUAGUGGCAGUAGGCCACUGAACCACCGCUCGAACGAUGUUGUGGUGGUGGAAUCGAUGACGAUAAAGCUGUCGCCGGGGAAGCUGGCCGAGUUUCGAAACCUGCUUGCGCCCCAGUACCGCGAGCGCCGCGACAUGACGAAGCGGUACAGGGUGACGGUACCCUUCCGGAAGGAUCAACCGGUGACGCCGGAAAGGCUGAAGCAGCUCGUACUUGCCAGCGGCCGCAUUCAGCUACUGCUCGAUGAGCAAUCAUCCAACGACAAAGCGAAGCGUGCCGAACUAGCCCGAACCAUUGCCGAGCUGCUGGACGAGAUUGGGCUGGCGGAAAAUUUGCCCGUCAUCCGCUCGCUCGGCACGAUGCUGAACGCCAUCUUCGAUCGCAUCUACACCGGUGUGUACGUGAAUGAGGUGAAGCUGGAGCAGCUGCGGUCGCUGUACGGCCGCCAGACGGUGCUGUACCUGCCGAGCCACCGCAGCUACGGUGACUUCAUACUGAUGUCGUACGUGCUGUUCUGCUACAACAUUGCCAUCCCGGGCAUUGCGGCCGGGAUGGACUUCUACUCGAUGGCCGGCAUGGGCAGUGCGCUGCGUAAUACGGGCGCGUUCUACAUGCGCCGCACGUACGGUAACGACCGCCAGUACUGGUACAUCUUCCGCGAGUACAUGCGCCAGCUGAUAGUGGCGUACGACCGGGGGAUCGAGUUCUUCGUCGAGGGUACGCGCAGCCGCAGCAACAAGGCGCUGUCGCCGAAGAUUGGCCUUCUCUCGAUGGCCCUGGAGCCACUGUUUAUGGGCGAGGUGCCCGACCUGCUCGUGGUGCCGGUGAGCGUAUCGUACGAUCGGCCCGUCGAGGAGCAGCUGUUCGUGUACGAGCUGCUCGGUGUGCCCAAGCCGAAGGAAACGACCCGCGGGCUGCUGAAGGCGCUCAGCAUUGUGCGCGAGAACUACGGCACCAUCUAUCUCGAGUUUGGCGAUCCGCUCUCGGCGAAGGACUACUUCGGCGAGGGGUUAAACCGAACGCGCCACACCGUCGCGCCGACCUUUGCGCAAACGUUGGCCCGGGAGGAGCGCGAUGCGAUCCAGAAUCUGGCCAACGAUGUGGUACAUCUGCAGCAGCACCGCAUGGUGCUGACGGCGUUUCAUCUGAUUGCGAUCCACUACAACUACCGGAAGUACCAUGGGCAGACGGUAACGCUUGCCGAGCUGGUGACGGGCGUGACGCAGCUCGGGCGCAUGCUCGAGGAUCUCGGUGCCGUUACGGAGGUGGAGGGCUGCACGGACGUGCAGCAGCUCUGUCUCGGUGCGCUCGAUGUGCACCGGAACGUGUUGCAGCUGACGGGCGACGGGGUGCUGGUGAUUGCCCGCUCGUACCACGAUUUCAGCCGCGUCGACAAGCGAAAGCUGAAGGGCUACAACCUGACGGACGGUGUGAUGAAGCUGGCGGUGCCAAUCUUCUCCCUCCAGCUGUACUGCAACCCCUGUCUGCACUGGUUGGCCGUACCGGCGAUGGUGCUGCUGGCAGGGCGAGCCCUGGCCACGGGCGGUACCGCAUUGCUGCUGCGCAGUGAGCUGAUGCGAGCGGUCCGAGAGCUGCGGACGUUGUACGGGCUCGAGUUUGUGCUGUACGCGCGCCGCGAAACGGUCGAGUUUGAUGCCGCGCUGGAGCAUCUGUACCGGCAAGGGCUGUUGCGGUCCAGUCCGGCCGGGCAGGACACGUUGGAUUUUGCACCACAGGGCGAUCUGGCCAGCGUGUAUCUGAGCGCGCUCGGUCCGUUCCUGUGCACCUAUCUGCAGUCGGUGGAGGUGCUGGUGGACCAGUUCCGCGGCAAGGCACAGUUCACCGAAAAGGAGUACCUGGCGGCGGUACAGCAGCACGUGGAGCAGCAGCUGCUGCGGCAGGAGCGCAACGUACACCCGUACUGCCUGUCGCUCGACAGCAUUAGCCUCGCGCUGCACUCAUUAGUCUCGCUCGGUGCAGUGAGGAAAUCGAAAAGUGAUAAUGUGUAUCGCUACGAUCUGGGUACGGACGGUAUGAUCGAGUCGAUCCACGAACGACUAAAGCGCUACUGUGCGCUGCUUCCCUUCGAGUACCUCACAUUCCAGAACGCCGUUACCGGGUGUAAAUUGUAAUGCUUCAACGUGCGCCACUUGUAAACGAACAACGCUUUUGGGGAGGUAUAAGAGAUAGCAGCAGCAUCAACACUGGCAAUAUUGCUGGAUCCCAUGCUUGCCGCCUAGAUUCGGACUCGCUGAUGACAACUCAUUAAUGCAAUUGUUGUAAAUCUUUGUUUGUUUUUUUUAUCGUACGCUAGGAACAAUUAAUUUAUAUUUACGUUGGAACGGUCAUCGGAAGGUAAUUGUGUAAUUAAGUGCAAAGUAAAAAAACAGUACAGCAUUUAGUUAAGGGGAGAUUAGUUUGUAGAGCAGCAUGUAUAAUGGGCGUUAGGGAGCUGCGGAUGAAGGUGGAAUUGAAAGCUUCGACACACUGAAAGUCAUACAAAUAAAAGACAUUCUUCAACGGA